AUGAGUCUAUCCGCAAGAAACCUGAAUUCGAGUACCAUGAAGCAAGCCCCUGAGAUUAGCAUCAUGGAAGACCAGCGUUUAAAGGCGUUGCAGGCGGCGAUAAGUCGUCAGAAGGUCAACUCGCGGCCCAAGGUUACCAGUGUUGAAGAAGCAAAAGACGAGUACAUGUUCCGUCGGCUCAUUAGUGCCAUUAGAAGUGACAAGAGCAUGCCAGAGGCGUUGAAACUGAUAGAGAAACUAUAUGAAAUUGCUGUAAAUGCCAAAGCCGCACACUUGGAAAGGCUCGCCAAACGCAGAGUUCGAGCAAGCAAGAUCUUGGAUAUUACUCGAUGUGAGCCGACAAGGGAAUUCUUCCUCAAGCUCGGCUUUGAAAAGACGAUAGAUGAAAUGGAAGAGUUGUAUAUCAUCCCUAGGCUCGCAAGUCAACCAUUGAUUGCGCUGACAUUGCUUGAAACGGGGAUCAAAGUCCUCGGAGAAGCAAAGACUUCCUUGAUGGAUGAGAAACAAGCACGCUGGAUGAUGUCCGAACGGGAGAGGCUCGAGGCCAAAGGAGCAAAAGAAGAGGCAUUGAGGAGGAUUGCAGAGGAUCGCUUGAGGGUCAAAGCGUCGAGGGCCCAAGCAAGCCGCGAGACGUCGUUGCAACCCCGAUUCACGUCGCAAGUGGCCCGACUGGGCAAUUCGCCCUUGAAGGAGUUCAUCGGGGAUGUGGACGUGGUUCAAAGUGGAUCUCGUGCUUUGUCUCCGACCAUGGACCCAGGUCAUUGUCGCCCUGGUCUCGCAAUGACCAUUGAACAACUGGACGAAGCCAAAAUUCUGAUCCUUGACCUUCUUGGCUGGGGUGUCAGCCCCGAAUAUCUCAUAGAAGCUGGGAUCUCAAAGGAAUGUCUCGUUCCGUGUCUCCGAGAGCUCAAACUGCGGCUGCCGACGAACAUUGACCCCUCCGAGGUCGCAGUGUACGAUCCUCUAGGGGAAGCUUCCUCUUCUGCUGCAGCGAAACAAACUCCUUCUGCUCCCCAAGGACCUGCGCACCGCCUAGCAAACCGGGGCGACGCACAUAUGGAGAAUGCGCAACCAUCCAGCUCUCCUUCUAAAUGGAAGCGCAAAAGCAUGGCAGAGCAGCGUAUGGACAUCAUGUUGACGAACAGCGCAGCCAUGGAGGGAAAGACGAUGACGGUAGAGGAACAAGCAGCAUCACUUCUCGAACGGCUACUGCCACCCGUCUCAGCCGAAGACGAUGAUGCACAGACGCCGGCUAAACCUCCGAAUGCCAAGGGGCGGCGCAAGGCGUCGAAUCCGGGAGGAGGAGAGACGGCUGCGGGGUUUGUGGAGACGCCGGCUCUCCCUCUCAAGGCGCUGAAAAAGCUAGCUAGAGCUGCGAGUGCGUCCAAAGGUGCAAACGCUACGACCCCCGAGGCACAAGAAGGAGGUGUACGUUUGUCCCUUUACGAGAUCGAGGAACCCAACUGA